AUGAACGGCAUCAUUCACCCGUGCUUCCACCCCGAAGAUCGCCCGUCCCCCACGACCCUGCACGAGGUGUUUCAGAACAUCUUUGACUACAUUGACCGCCUCUUCGCCAUGAUCCGCCCUCGCAAAGUGCUCUUCAUGGGCAUUGACGGUGUUGCCCCGCGUGCCAAGAUGAACCAGCAGCGCUCCAGACGAUUCCGAGCAGCCAAGGACGCAGCAGACGCUGCAGCGGAGGAGGAGAGACUCAGAAAGGAGUUUGAGCUGGAGGGGCGCAUGGUGCCGCCCAAGGAGAAGUCAGAGACUCACGACUCCAACGUCAUCACGCCCGGCACGCCCUUCAUGCAGCAGCUUUCCGUCGCUCUGCAGUACUACAUUCACCUCAGGAUCAACCAGGACCCCGCCUGGAAGAACGUCAAGGUGAUUCUGUCAGACGCCAAUGUGCCAGGCGAGGGAGAGCACAAGAUCAUGAACUACAUUCGCCUGCAGCGGAACCUUCCAGGCUUUGACCCCAACACACGCCACUGCAUCUACGGACUGGAUGCGGAUCUGAUCAUGCUCGCCCUGGCAACACACGAAGUGCACUUCACCAUUCUCAGAGAGGUGGUGUUUCAGCCCGGGCAGGUGGACAAAUGUUUCCUGUGCGGGCAGACGGGGCACUUGGCAGCGGAGUGUGAAGGCAAGCCGAAGCGCAAGAGGGGCGAGAACGACGAGGAGGGGGGUGUAGCCAAGAAGCCGUUUCAGUUGCUGCAGUGCUGGGUGCUGCGAGAGUACCUGGAGCUGGAGUUCCGCAUCCCAGGGGUGGAGAUGGAUCUGGAGAGGGUACUAGACGACUUUGUCUUCAUGUGCUUCUUUGUGGGGAAUGACUUUCUGCCGCACAUGCCCACACUCGAGAUUAGGGAGGGUGAGAUGGAUUUGGAGAGAGUGCUGGACGACUUUGUCUUGAUGUGCUUCUUCGUGGGGAAUGACUUCCUGCCGCACAUGCCCACACUCGAGAUCAGAGAGGGCGCCAUCAACCUGCUGGUCUCCAUUUAUCGUCGCGAGUUCACCAACCUGGGAGGCUACCUCACAGAGAAUGGCGAGGUGGAUCUCCGGCGGGUGGAGCAUUUCAUCCAGGCCGUGGCGGUGCACGAGCAGUCCAUCUUCAUGAAGCGUGCUCGCAUCCACCAGAGGCAGAAGGAGAGGCGGGUGAGGGACAGGCAGCAGAAGGAGCGCAAUCAGUACCGCAAGGGCGACGAGGCCGCCCCCAACGUCCCCUCAUCCGCCCUGCAGCCACUGCCAGCAUCACAGCAGCCAACGCACCACGGGGGGCUGUACAGCCGCAGCGACAUGAACCCUGCCUCCCGCAACUCCUUUGCCCUCCUCGCCACGCCGCUCACCAACCCUACUGCUGCUGCUAACGGAUCGGCUGGGAGCAACCAGGCGGCUGCUGCUGCGCUGCGUGCCAAACUGGCAGGCCACGCCACGUCAGCAUCGGCCAACCCGGCUGCGCCACCUGCGGAGGAGGAGGCGGAGGAUCUACAGGAGGAGCUAAAGAUGAAGCUCAAAUCCGCGCUUAAGGACAAGUCGGACAACUUCGCCGGGGGCAAGGAGCCCGAUGACGAGAUCCGGCUGGGUGACGAGGGGUGGAAGGAGCGGUAUUACCAGCAGAAGUUUGGCGUGACGUCAUAUGAGGAGCAGGAGAGAGUUCGUCAGGACGUGGUCCUAAAAUUCGUGGAGGGUCUAUGCUGGGUCAUGCGGUAUUACUACCAGGGCGUGUGCUCGUGGAACUGGUACUACCCGUACCACUACGCGCCGUUCGCAUCGGACCUGGUACACCUAGAUGAGCUGGAGAUCCACUUCUUCCUCGGCCGCCCCUUCAAGCCCUUCGACCAGCUCAUGGGCGUGCUGCCUGCUGCCAGUUCCGGCGCCCUGCCAGCAGCAUACCGCAAGCUCAUGUCGGACCCUGCCUCGCCCAUUGUUGACUUCUACCCCACUGACUUCAGCGUUGAUAUGAACGGCAAGCGCUUUGCAUGGCAGGGAGUGGCGCUGCUGCCGUUCAUCGAUGAGGAUCGGCUACUGGAAGCUAUCAAGCGAGUCGAGCCCACUCUCACU